AUGUUGGACCAAAUCCUGCGAAAUGUCGAGCUCGAGAACGAGGGCGAAGGGGAGGGGGGGACGGUGGUGGGCUCAGAAGGCGAAGAAGGACAGGAGAAGAACAAGGGGCAGCAGUACGAGGAGGAAGAGCGACCGGCGGCGCUUCGGGGUAUGGAGACCCAGGUUCGGAAGUCGCUGAAUGUGCUAUGGAUGUCUGAGGGGUGGGAUGGCGUGACCGGGCGGGGGGAGUCCGAGUCAGCGGGCCCUCUCGCGGAGGCGUCCCGAGCCACUACUCUCGGCGAGACAAACGCCGGCGUGGCAACAGACAGGGAUCCGACUCCUCCCACUGACGCAGUAAUCAGGCCGAAUCCGAACUUGUGCGUAACGACCUUGACGCCAAGCGUGGUCUCCCCUUGCGAACCCGCCUUCACCGCCACGGUGACCACACCCGCUACGCAAGAACUGAGGAGGCUCGCGCACGCCCAAGAGUGGUCCUCGAAACGGUUCUUAGAAUGGUCUCCGAUCCGACGAUCCCCCGAGCGGUCCAAGAAGCGGUGGUCUCCGAAGCGGCGGGCUUCGCCGCCGCUGCUGCUCCUGCCCGAAUCGUUGUCGGCAGCGUCGGGCGGUGGGGGGCCACCAGCGGGCAGCAAGUCGCCGUCCUUGGCGACCAUCGCAGCGUUUCGCUCGACCAGCACGGAGGACGGGGCUCGAGCGGUCGCGUUCUCGGCGUUUCUUUGGAGCCACGGUUACCGCGGCGAGAGCGGCGCGGGGUCGGCGGUGGUUACGGAGGCGUCGUUUCCCGGCGGCGCGCUGCGGCAGUUCGAACAUACGCUCGACUUCUUGAACUCGACCCCCGCGAUGGGCCUCGGAAGAGAAGCGCCUUCGGGGGGAACUCCCACGCCGUCGUCCAUCUGCUGGAGGUACGCGAAGACCAUCCACCUGCAGCGGCACCGGCAGGAGCAGCAGCGGAGGCGCCGAAUCCAGCGGCGGCAGCAGCUGCAGCUGCAGCUGCAGCGGACAGAACCGAUUUCGAAGCAGGUGGGGCCCACGGUGCGCUACAAGAGCACGGAUCAGGUGGAGACGGAGCGCCGAGAGCGUGCCUCACCCCAAACCCAACCGAAGGGAGAGUCCCUGUCCCCAACCAAGGAGGACGACCGCGGGUUCUUGCCGCCGCCCCCGUUGUUCAAGUCUACGCAACGGCUACAGAAGGAGCGACCGGUGCCGCAACAGGCAGAGAAAGACGGUGGGAAGCACGACCUGGAAGUGCCACCGCCACCGCCGCCGUCAUCGCCGGUGUCGCUCUCACCGCCACUUCGCGGCGCCGCCUCGCAACAUCAGCAGCAGCAAACGGCGCAAUCGGGCAGCACCGGGAACGCUUCAGCCCCCGCACCGCCCGCCACCGGCAGUGCCGCCACGGCACCAGUUGCCGGUAGCGGUGCCUCGUGGCAUUCAUACAGCGACAUGCCUGCUCGCAAGAAAAUGUUUGUUCAGAUCGUCAAGUUCUUCCGAGAGCAGAAGCCUAGCACCUUGCCCGGAUGGGUGCAGAAGGUUAAGAAGAGGACGUCCUUCCCAACCGCCUUGGAGGCAGUCUUAUACCAACAGGCCUCGAGCUUGGGCGACUACGAGGACUACACCGCUGUCGGACCCCGUGUGAGCCGGAUCAUCCGCAGCAUGAACAAGGAGGCAAGAGCGUCUGCAACAACGAACGAUAAUAACUGGAGGGAAAAAAUUCUGCAACGGGCACAAGUCGUGCGGAAGCGCCCAGAACCCAGCCCUCCUUCAACGGUUCAAGUGUUGCUAUCAUCGUUUUGGUCCACUCUUCACCGCCUUCCCCCUCUGGUCCUUACCUCGACCCUCGACAACCAGAUAUGGGAUGCAAUGGCCAAGGCAGACCGGACGGCGCACAGCAACGGGGGGAAGGACAAACAGCAGGCACACAAUUGUCAAGCGACCCUCGCUGCCGCCCCCGAGCGAGGCGUUCUGCCCAUGAAGGAGGCGGGAAAUCCCCAUAAUGCCCAGCAAGGAGUCAGAGCCGCGCAGACCCCCGAAGAAAAUUCAACCGUGGCGGCGAAGGCAAUGGGUGAGGCGGCGGCUGCGGGGGCUGCGGUUGGUACAAGCAAGGAUGAGGAGGGAGCGAGAAAACCCAUGUCCCGCGCCGCGCGUAGGGCUGCCGAGCGCGAGCGUGUCAAGGGAGCCGCGAAGGCCGCCAAGUCCGCACGGCUGCAGCAGCACCUCGCCCAGCAAAACCUGCGCAAGAGCAACGAUCCCAGGCGCGUGGAAGGGAAGCUCUUGGUUGUCGCAGAUAACCCGCCCGCGAGCACUCAGCCUGUCCCACCCCCGGAGCCGAAGCCAGGCGAAAAAAACGAGACCAAGCCGGGAGGGAAGACAGCGCAGAAAGUUGCUCCUGGCGGAGGUGGUGACAAUGGUGGUGCUGCUACUGGUGGUACUACUUGUGCUGCUGGUGCUGUCGUCGACGACACUGCGGCCUUGGGCGGUAAGAGAGCGGCGGCGGCGCCGGGGGAAAGAACGCCGCCGAAAAUCGAAAAGAAGGCUGAAGAUGAAAAGAACACCUCCGCCUCGGCGGUUCAAUCGCCGACGCGGACGCCGACCGGGGUGGCGGUGGCAGCAGUGGCGGCGGCGGCGGCGGCGGCGGGAUCACGCAUAUCGAUCCCCUCUGAGCCCGCCGCCGCUCCCGGCAAGGCACAGACCGCACAAUCGGCUCGGGCGGCCAAGGCCCCCGCGGUCACGGCCGCUACCAAGCGUGAGGUUAGCCAGGCGCCUGCCGAGGAGCGGGGCAACUGCUCCGCUGCCCGUGCCGCCGCCGCCGCCGUUCUCGAGGAAACCGUCACAGAGACGAUCUCCUCCCGCUCAUCUCCCGGCGGCGAAUGGACGUGGCCGCUCCUGGCUCUCGAUGGCGGCGGCGGUGCCCUCAAGGAGAAGAGCACGGCGACGGCUCCGCUUCGCCGCUUGGCGUGGAUCGGGCGUGCGGCCGGCCUCACCGCAGGAAACAGGGCGGAGCCCCUUCCGUGGGGCAACUGGAAGAGGUGGCGGGAACCCGAGAAGUGGGAGAAGACGGUGUCUACGGCAAUCACCAGGGCGCAGCUGAAGGUCGGAUUCGAGGUGGACGCCUGCCGUCUCAGGAACAAGAGCGUAUGA